AUGGCGACAGCUAAUGGUUCACUGUGCAACAUUUCCGGGUCCGUGUCCGAGAAUGGGAGCAUGGUCGGCUGCAUGGAGUCGGAUAUUGAGCAGGCAACGGUUGAAUCCAUUCAGGCGUGGAUCGCUUACCUGCUGAUUCCUCUCAACAUGAUCAGCAUACUUGCUAAUCUUCUCGUCACCUUGGCUGUGACACGGACAUCACACCUGCAGGAGCCGGCACACAAGCUGAUCGCAAACUUGGCUGUCGCUGAUUUUUUCAUGGGCGUGCAAGGAACCUUCAUCGUCAGACCGCGCGUUAUCUUAGUAAUGGUAGUCCUCGCUUGGAGCUUUGCCUUCUUUGCAAGCGUGAUGACUCUCAUUGGCAACCGCUGGCAGCCGGAUCAACCAUGUAUGUAUGACACAGUCACGAGUAGAACAUGUCUCGUCUGUAGCUCUCUAGUCAUUGGUACGUGUGGCGUCGCCAUCAUCUCCAUCUACGCUUACAUGAUGAUAAUUGCCAAGCACCACCAGCAGCAGAUCCACCAGGAACUGUUCAGCAGCGGUUCGCAGGAAGCAGGAGCGACCGGAAAAUCCUUCUCUGCUGAGCUCGCAUGGCAUCUGAAGCUUGCCAAGACGUUUGGCAUCGUCGCCGGCGCUUUCUUCGUUUGCUGGGCUCCGUAUUUCAUCAUGAUGCUGCUGAGCGUUGCCGACGUCUACCACGACACGGUCGGCGUGGCGCGAGGCAUCGGCUACCUGCUGGCGUACUCAAACUCUUGCAUGAACUUCUUCAUAUAUGCUGCGAAGAGCGGUCAGUUCCGCGCCGCCUUCCGGGCGGUGUUGCCCUCGCGUGGACACUAG